UUAUCUAAUCCCUUAAUCAGCUCCUCAACUUUCACACUGAAAAGAUCUUCUUCCCCAAAUCAAAUCAAGAUUCAUUCCAUUCAAUCCCCACACGCUUUCCCGUUAAUUUCCCCAAACCUUCCUUCCUUCUGCACAAUUUCUCCCUUCUUCUCCUUCCUCUUCUUUCCUUUUAAUCAAUCAAUCUUCAAUUUCUAUACAAUCUUGUUCAUUGUGUAUGUACAUGGUGCUACUUCUACGCCUGCAACAACAGUCCAAUGGAGAAUCCGAGCAGAAGCCGAACCGGCUGCAAUAAAUUAGCUGAGAAAGUGUAUGUGGCCAUUGGAAGAGACUCGUACGAUGGCUUUUCAACUCUUCAAUGGACACUCACCAAAUGGUCCUCAAUCUCCAUAGUCAUCCUCUACGGGCCUUCCCAGCCCUUCCCCAAAGACUACGUUUAUACUCCGCUUGGAAAGCUUCAUGUGAGUUCAGUGAGUGAGGAGAAAUUGAAUGCUCUUGAAAAGGCAGAGGAAGCCAAGAGCGAUAAGCUUUUGUCGCAAUACUUAGCCUAUUGUCGAAACAAGGCGAAGGCGGAGGUUAUCAAGCUCGAGAGAAACGAGCCGUUGGAUGAGCAGAUGAUCGAGAUCAUCUCGAAUCUUCGGAUAACCAAAUUAGUGCUCUCAUUCGGCUUCAUCAAGUCCUCAUCAUUGAAAUCAAGAACAGCCAUUAGCAGAUCGUUUUACAUUCUUCGUCACAAGCCGGAGUUUUGUGAGGUAUUUGUGAUAUGUGGGGGGAGGUUAGUUUUCCUCAGAGACGUCGACGAUGAGGGCGGCAUUGUGGAAGACGAUAGAGAAGUUACGGUUGCGAGUAUCAAAGAAAGGAGUAACAGCAUAAAAGCUUGGAUUGGAAGGAUGUUCCCAGAGAAUGUGGAUUUGGCUUCUUCUUCGAAAGCCGACGACGGUGUGGUCAAUCAAUGGAUGAAAUUUGGUCAGGAAAUCGAGCAGUACGCGGAUGAACUAAUCUCCUUGCAUGACGAGGAAGGCGAUGUUGUUGGAUCGGAUAAUCGAACAUCCAUUGAUCUGCAUAUGCCACAAGUUAUGGAUGCUGCAGAAAGACUCGAAUCUAUUCAAAGCCAAAUACGGAAAGCCGAAGAGGCUAUCGAAUCGAACAAGGAGCGAGUGCAUGUAGCUAAAGAAAGGGGCGAAAAAGCUCGAUGGGCUGUUGGUAUAUGCCAUGCUAGGGCUGAAGAGCUCGAGGCCUGCCUGAACUCUGAGGCCGUCAAGACUGCCGAUCUGAGUAAAGAACUCGAGAGCCGAAAGGAAGAAGUAAAUGAACUCCGUUGCGAAGUGGAGGAGAAACGGAAGAAGCUCAGCUCGAUUCUUGAGCUGCAGAAAGAGCUUUCGGACAGGCUUCACCUCUCGUCGUCAGCUAAAGCGCGUGCCGAGGUUCAGCUGGAUAAGGCUGUAAGAAUAAGAUCCAACAUGGUUCACGAAAUCGACGAACUGAGGAAGCACCGACAGGUUUUGAAGUGCCGGAUUGAGUUUUGUCGGGAGAAGGAUGCUAUAGGGAAAGCAUCCAAGUUCGACAAUGGCAUUGCCUUCGAUUUUAGGGAAUUCUCUGCACCAGAGAUAUUCGCAGCCACAGAGGAUUUCUCUGAACGAUUGAGGAUGAAGUCAACCAGUCGUUUAACCACUGUUUAUAAAGGUCGACUGAAUGGUACGACGGUUGCAAUCAAAGUAUACAAUCAAGCAAAUGUGAGAUCCUUCGAAAGUUAUGCAUCGAUGGUGAAAUAUGCGAACAAAUUAAGGCACCCGAACAUCGUAGCCGUGAUCGGUUUCUGCUCGGAGCUCGACUGCAUUGUAUACGAAUACAUGCACAACCGGAGUCUACAUGAUGUGCUGUUCUCGGGCGAAAAGAGCCAGCCAUAUAAUUGGCAUGUGCGUAUACGGAUAGCGUCCGAGGUGUGCUCGGCAUUGGCUUUUCUUCACAAGGCGAAACCGGAGCCCGUUGUCCACGGAAACAUCAAAGCCUCCAAAAUCUUGCUCGAUCGAUACCAAGGGGCGAAAAUCAACAUCUUGAAGAACCCUCGUCGGGAAAAUGAGCUCGACAUAUCGAUGGAUAUCCGAGAAUUCGGGAAUAUUUUGGUUCAGCUUCUCACCGGGAAGAAUUGGGAAAUCGGGAUGGGCAGUGAUUCCGACAAUGGCGACUUUUUAGACCAUUUAGACGGUGAAUGGCCUAUGGAUUUGGCUGUUGAGCUUUACGGUAUUGCGAUGAGAUGCUUAUCGACGGUAACAGAAAUCCCGGUAGAGGAGAUUGAUGGCGUCACGAAGAGGGCGGACGAGCUACUGGUGGAGGGUCAGUAUGAACCUUUGGAACAUCAAUCGAUCCAUGUCGAGGAGAUGGGCGAUGUCCCUAGUGCAUUCUUAUGUCCGAUAUACCAGGAUGUGAUGAGGAAUCCGUAUCUUGCUUCGGAUGGAUUCUCGUACGAGUUCGAGGCCAUCGACGAGUGGCUAAAGUCGGGGCACGAUACUUCGCCUAUGACGAACUUGAGGCUGAAGCACAAACUUCUCACGCCGAACCGUGUUCUGAGGUCCCUAAUCCAGGAUUGGCGAAACAAGAGAUCGGCUGCUUGGCGACGACAAUGACAGAGAUUCGCUGUACAGUUAGAACACCCGAGCGAGCUUGUAUGAGUUGAAAAUACUGUCUGUUUUCGACGAUAACUCUCUGUUGAAUGCUUUACAUACUGAAAAAUAAACACUAUUUCCUUUCGAUCUA